CAGAGCCAGCCAGUAGCGCGCGUGCUGCCGGAGUGGAAAGGUUGGUUACGUCGCGUCUGCCUGGCGGCCCACAACACUGGACAGGUGAGAGGACUCGGCCGCACGCUUGCCCUCCAGUGACCCCGAAGUGCCUCCUGACGCCUUUUGCGGGAGACGCGUGUCUGCAGCGUGCGUGGCGGGGCUCGAACUGGUGGCCCAGGACUCGGUGCCACAGUAAUGCGGAAAGUGAACAGCAAAAUGUAAUUAUCUUUGUGCCUCACUCUCUUCUGACGGUGCCAAGGCCGCCGCGCGUAAGACACCGACGAACGCACGCACGCACACCUGAACGGAAGGCACAGGUGGUCCGCAGGUGAGCCGAGGGACAGAGUGGCACCAAAGGACUACAAUAAAGAAAAAAAGGAAAAAGAAAGGGAAAGGGAAAGAGAGGAGAAGCGCGUUGUGUCCCCAGAAACGCCUCGCCGCACGCAAAGGUCGCCCCUCCCCCCUCGUCGCCGCUGCUGUGUGUGUGCGUGUGCGUGUGUGUACGUUACUGUAAGGCGGAAAUACGACAAGUACACACACAUAUAGAUACACACGGCCACUCCUCUUCCUCCACCCCCCCACCUUCCCCUCAGCCAAGGAUUCUACCGAGGAUCAUGAGAGGCGGACAAACACCAAACUGAAGAACGCCAGGCACCCUUCCCCUCCCCCCCACCACACACACACACACACACACACACACACACACACACACACACACAAGCACAAAACACCUCCACCACCACCACCACCUCCACCUCAGCCUGUCCAUGACGCCUCCGCCCCGCCACACCCACUCACUCUCGAGGCUUCCAGCGGAGGUGAACUGAACAUGACGACUCAAGGGCGAAGUGGAGGCUCGCGGCGCCCUCAGAAAGCCUCCUCCUGCUGCCCCCCCUCGCCGCCCUUCGUGUUACUACUGCUACCACUGCUCCUACUUCUGCUUGCCUCUCCCUGCUGGUCCGCCGCGCAAGGGAGAGACACAACACAACCCGCGACACAGGCAACACCGGGCGACCUUGCCACCACCACCACCUCCACCGCCAGCAGCAACACCACAAGCCACCCCUCCAUCCCUGACCUCCAACCUACUGCCCCUAGAGAGGAGUCCAGCGAUCUCAGGCACGGGGAGAGCGAAGUACAAGAUCCUCCUGGUAACUUGCUGGCCCCAGACGACGCGGAUCACGUUGGCGGCCUCGGUCUGGUGAUCCACAAGUGCUGCCCCGAGGAUGAGGUGUUCGACCACGCCACCAAGACCUGCCAGCCCAGCCAUGACCUCACCUUCAGCGUCCCAAUCUUCACGGUGGACUACUACGGCGUGUAUAUGGAGUCCAACCUGACGAGGGACCAGGUGGAGCUGUGGACGUCGCUGCUGGACUGCGAGCGCUACCUGCUGGACGCCAUGCCGGGGAAGAAGCCUGAAUUUGACUUCCGCGUGCUGGACUCCGGCCACUUGUGGGUGCCGGAGUACGAGCACCAGUACGACUUGGACCACUACUGCCUCGAGAACUUCGUGCUCAACGCCAGCGUGAAGGGCUCCCCGCACAUCCAGGGCGCCAUGGUGUGCGUGCUGCAGACGGAGGUGGAGACGUAUGACCCGUCCAAGAUCCCCGUCAGAAAGUGCUGCAUGCCCAACGAGGUGUACGACUCCGUGUCCAGCUGUUCCCUGCGCUACAACGUGACCUCGGAGCCGUGGCUGGUGCCCUUCCGGUCCCUGGAGGAGACCAACAAGGAGGUGAAGAUGGUGGACAUCCGUGAGCCGCCCUUCGUCCACACCCACGAGCUGGUGCCCAACUUCCAGACGUGUGUGGGGGACCAGAUGGGUUGGCAGGUGGACGCCUUCCACGUGCAGCAGGAGGAGGGCGGCCUGUACGUGCCGCUGUUGCACCGCGUCAUCCCCGACAACCAGUACUGCAUCGAGGACUUCCACACCAACGGCAGCCUCGCCACCAUGGCGUACGUGUGCGUGAGCGUGGAGGAGAUGCAGCACCUCCAGAGACUGCAGACGCCGGGGUGCCAGACGGAGCCCUGCAUCCCCAAGUGCUGCCACCUGGGGGAGAUCCUGGACGCGGGGACCAGCCGGUGUGUGCCCGCUAACAACUACCCCUUCAGCCCCUCCGUCAGGCUCGAGAACGGCUCCCUCAUCCAGGUCGCGGAGCCGGACUAUCGUUUCGGCUUCCCGGAGUGCGAGGUGCAGCUGACCUACGACCACGAGCGCGUCGAGCUGCUUCCCCAAGGUGACCUGCGCUAUGUCACCAACGACACGCGGGAGUGCCUACCCGAGCAGGCCUACGCCAUCCCCAGGGGCGAGUACUGCAUCGACCAGGUGUACUACCCGUCGGGGGAGGUGCGGCAGGGCGCGGGGUUCUGCUUCAGCAACAAGUGGGAGCACCUGGGCCAGCUGGAGAAGCAGGACGUGAACUACCUGUACUCGGUGUUCCUGGGCGUGUCGGACCUCUUCAUCCUCAUCUCCUUCGUCGUGUACCUCACCGUGCCCGACCAGAACAAGCGGGGACUCAACAAGAACGUCAAGUUGGCUCACUCCGUGCUGGGCCGCAUCCUCCUGUGCUUCCUCUUCAGCCUCUUCUUCGCCUACCUCUUCCUCAUCAUCAUCAAGCUCUUCUCGGACCCCAUCAACCUCUCCAGCCCCAGCGCUUGCAUUGGCAUCGGUGUGUGUAUGUACGUGUUCUUCAUGGCCACCUUCUUCUGGCUCAACGUGCUGUGUUUUGAGCUGUGGUGGAAGUGUGCAAGGCAGGAGAGCUCGAGCGGGCGGCGGUGGGUGUGGUACCAGGUGUAUGCGUGGGCGUGUCCCCUCGUGUUCGGCGGCGUCUCCCUCAUCAUGGAGUUCGCGCCGUCCAUCAGCAGCUGCUACAUCAAGCCCAACUUCGGCACCUACUCCUGCUUCUUUAGCUACUCCGUGACACACAACAACGGCGCCAAGUGGGCCUAUUUCUUCGGGCCCGUGGCGGUGCUGCUGUUCGCCGACCUGGUCUUCUUCCUGCUGACGGUGCGCUCCCUGCUCGUCACCGUCCAGCAGAGCCACAAGGGCACCGUGCAGAGGCAGGCCCGGCAGCGGCUACGGCUCUGCUUCAAGCUGUUCCUGGUGAUGGGCAUCAGCUGGCUGGCGGAGAUCAUUUCCUUCGAGUUGGGUCCCAGCACCGUCUGGUACAUCUCGGACGUGUUCAACUGCUUCCAGGGCUUCAUCAUCUUCCUGAUCUUCAUCCUGAAACCCAAGAUCCUGCAGGCGGUGCGGGCGCGGCUGUGUGGCUGCUGCGGGGCGCCGCCGCCAGCCAAGCCGCGCGGUACGAACGUCUUCAGUUCCAUCAUGUUGAACUCGUCCACCACCGAUGAGUUCUCGCUCUCGCAGCAACUGUCCUUCGCCCACGCCCACGCCCAUAACCGCCUCUCGCUGUCCCACCCUCAAAAUUCGCUUCCGCUGCCCCACGAACGAGCCCACAAGCAGCUGUCCCUUGCCUAUGGCUCCAACCCUUUCCCACACCCCGCCCUCGACAUCAAUCCCUCCUCUUCCUCCCCUUCCAAUUCCUCCACCUCCUCCACCUUCAAGCAGCAGCGGCCACAUAUUGAGCCUGACCCCCCUGCGUCUGCCUCCUCCUCUCCCCCCUCCACCCCAAGAACCUCCUCCACCAGGGCUUCCCUCUCUGCGAGCUGCAAGUCUGUGCUGGAGGCUGCCUGCUAGCUGCUCCCUCCCUCCCUCCCUCCCCCAUGCACACCCCUCCUCACCGCCUGACAAGCUCCUCCAUGGCCCAACCCUGUCCUUGUGUCAUGUGUAGAUGUGUUCAUGUGCAUGCUGGCCCCGCCCCGCCCCGCCCCGGACCCGAAACAUUACUCGCAGGACCUAUUGGUUUCUGCCGGGCCCGAGGCGGUGGCCCAUUGCUAUGCACAAACUUUUAUUGAGAUGGUCGCCUCCUCACCCUCUGAAACAAGGAAAAAAGACUCCCACGGUGAUUUCUUUUUUUGCUUGGCCAUAUUAUUGGAGAAUAUUUUUGUCUUGUUAACGUUGGCCGCAUGUCCCUCCCUUGGCCGGUGUGUUGCCUCUGUGAGUCAGUGGAGGAUGUGACUGAAACCCCGUGUGUCAGUUCGAGAUGCGAGGACGCCAUACAGAGCACCAGUGACUCUUUUGUUCACACACACACACACACACACACACACACACACACACCUUGUUACCGUCAUGGCAGUUUCGUCAAUGAGAGUCAAACAGUUCGAGUCGCUACGUGAACGCGCGGGGAAACUAGCAAAACUAUCCAACUAGCUACAACGCCAUAAUACCCGUGGCGGAUGAAAUAAUUCUAUGUAACAACCAGACCUUCCAGCUACCUUCAUCCACAAGUAUCUGUUCUACACCACUUCAUUCACUUCUCUUCAGCCUCUUCUUAUAAACCCACACCCUGUCGCUCUAACACACUAAAGUCGGUAUUCUAAAACACUUUCGCUUCUCACAUCAGUUAUUUCUAAAGGUCAAUGAGGGGAUCAAUCGUGUUCUAAUGAGUGUUUCUUCAGGUUUAUGGUACAGAAGAAGGGUUAAACUGCCACCAGGGUCAUAAAACUACUCCUGGAAAUACCCAAAACUCCUACGAAAGCCUUGUCAAAUAUGUAAACUCGGGCGACAAAAGGUUUAGUAAUACGGGAUGAUAGGAGGGGUGAAAACUCUAGCGGAGUCUGACUAUAAGAUCUUUAAUCCUAACUGGACCAUCGGAGUACGUGAUAGUUUUGGGCAAGUAACGUAGAUGGCGUUCGUGAGGUAGUUGGUUACUCUCCCCCUCUUCAUCUCCUGCUGCCUUCCCCUCCCCCCUCCACACACACACACAUACACACCAACCAGCCUCUAAUCGCUACAUCUCCCUCCUCUCAUUCACAGCAGCAUCGAGGGAAGACACACAGCUCUCCACUCUUCUACAGACCGAAUAAGUACGUACGUAAGCAUUUCAUCCGUCCGUGUCCGUGCGUGGUCCGUCCGUAGUUUGUCUCUGAUUCGUCCGUAGUCGUCCAAACCCGUCCGUCCGUGCGUUUCUUGUUCGUCCGUAAUCUGUCUUGAACGCUUCUUAUCUGUCCUCUCGUCCGUUUCCUUGUCUGUCCUUCCUCGUCCGUCCUUGGUAUGCGUCUGUGGUUCGUUGCUUCGUCCGUUUCGUGUGUGAGUGUGUGGGGGGGAGGGGGGUAGUGUGUGUGUGUGUGUGUGUGUGUGUUGCGGUUGAUCGUAUAUCUGAUUCUAUAAAUAACGUCAAACUACACCACAUUAAUUUUUUUUUCUUCUUCUUUUUCUUAUAUUCUUAUCAUUAUGUUCUUCCCGUUUUCUCUUGCUUGCAACUGACGCUUCUUGUGUGUCUUGUUUUAGGCCUACACUUUAUUUGAGUUUUUGUUUUUGUUUUUAAUUUUUUUUUACUCACCCUGAAGCUUUUUUUUUCCCGUACUUGUUUAUAAAUAUCAAUGUUUCGUGUAUAAUACAAGUAUACUUUUAGGUGAUAAUCAUAUACAUACUUUCUUAAUUAAUGAUACGCUGUGCCUAUCAUUAUUAAACUGUACAUACGUAAUUAAAUAUAUAUACGCGGUCAGAGAACAUUAUAUUCACAUAGCCCAGUAUUUCUCACGUAUCUAGUUGACGCACACGUGACUGUAUAGCGUUGGGAUGUCCGUAGAGUGAGUUCAAAUAGGUGUGGAUAUUCACAUGUGGACAAAAAAAAAAAAAAAAAUCAUCGUUCCACCUGGCUGCUAUCUCCUUGUGGUUUGAUAGAGUCUUUCCACCCCACUUCCACCCCGUCAGGUUAUGUCCCGCCUUAACCAAACCACUUUUUUUUAUUUUGAUUCCUCUCAUUCUCUCUUUCUCUUUCUCUCCUUCCCUUUUCCUCCUGUAUAGCUUGUGAGUCGUGCGAGGAGAGGCGUUACCAAUCAACAAGGAGCAUAGACUGAGGAGAUUCGAUUCUCACAUUAUUGUCCCCAACUGAUUGUAUUUCUGUGUGCACUUAACGGAGACUUGUGUGCACGGCUUAGUCAUUACGUACAUAGAGGACGCGCGGUCAUGGUCGCCUGUGUGUGUAUGAACGUGUGCGCGAAAGAACGUGUGGGCGAAUGAACGUGUGUGUGUGUGUGAACGUGUGUGCGAAUGAACGUGUGUGUGUAUGAACGUGUGUGCGAAUGAACGUGUGUGUCAUGGCAUGUGUACCCGAUACUUGUUGAAUUUGGUCUUGUGUUUCUCGAGGCUUUCUUUAUUACGUUUAGGGACACAGACCAAGGGCUAUAUAUGUAUGAAAAAAAUUUAAACAUUGCCCGGUACAAGUUGCCCCUUUAAACUGAGUCGAGAUUUUCAAGAGGCUUAGUUUGCCCUGUGUCUGCCAAAGCACUUUUCUAUAUAUUUUUACAGCAAAUAAGAAAGAGUAAGAGCUGUAAGGAAAAUCAUAUAAUCUCUGCCCAGUGCUGAGUGAUGUGAAGGUGGACCGAUAGCGUGAGGGUCGUGCGAAACUGGCUUGAGGGCGAAGCAAAGAACAGUAUCGCUAAACUGAACGGCUUAGCGCUACCACGGACUCUCUCUGGACGACGUUGCUCCAGACUGACUUGAGAUGUUAGUCACGUGCAAGACUCAAGUGAAAGCCAAGAAAAGAACAGUCUGAGGGUAUCACCGAAUUGUAAGGCUUUGCGCUAUACCACUUGACUCUUUCUGGACGACAUUGCUGCAGACAGAUGUUAGUGACGCGCAAGACUCAGUCGAAAGCCAAGUAAGCAACAGUCUGAGGGUAUCACCGAAUUGUAAGGCGGCUUGGCACUCCCACUGACCUCCUCCCAUUAACGACUUCUGGAUAUGCUGUGACGGAUAUAUUCAUGCCUCUCAGAUCCAGACACAGCCCCGAGCCACGAAGACCAACCUCCGUAUGAUGUUCCAGACCGUGAACCUCGUAACGUGUCGCGCAUUUAUCGCAUUAGACUGAUGGACACACCCAUGAUAUAUAUAUUUUUAGAUAAGAUUCCUCGCAAAUAUAUUUUACCAACCCUACAA